AUGUCCAAAACAACCCUCACCUCCAAGAUUGCCGUGGUUGGCGCCGGCGAAGUCGGCUCUACAAUCGCCUACUCCCUGAUCCUCCUCACCGUAGCGGGGGAGAUCCUCCUCGUUGACCCAAAGGAAAAUGUCCGGGAUGCACAGGUACAGGAUCUCUCCGACGCGACCUUCCAUGGUAACACGAGCACCCGAAUCAGGGCGGGCACGCACAAAGAGGCGGGCCAGUGCGAUAUCGUAGUCAUAACUGCUGGCGCAAAGCAGAAGAAAGGCGAGAGUCGUACGGAUCUGAUCGGCCGCAACAUGAAGAUCUUGGGAAGUGCAAUCGAGGACAUGAAGCCAUUCGCCAAAGACACGGUGCUGCUUCUUGUUGCUAACCCGGUCGAUGUCUUGACAUACUUCGCGCAGAAGUUUGCGGGUCUACCAAGGGAGCAGGUUAUUGGCAGUGGCACGUUUUUGGACUCUGCAAGACUCAGGGGCAUGUUGGCGGAGAAAGCUGAUGUCGCGGCAAGCUCAAUCGACGCCUACGUGCUCGGCGAGCACGGAGAGUCUCAGUUCGUAGCAUGGUCCAGCGUAUCCAUCGGUGGCGUACCCAUCGAGCAGGCAGUGUCCGACCUACAGAUCGACCGCGCCGCUACGGCCGAAGACACGAAGAACAAAGCAACAGCCAUCAUGGAAUCGAAGGGCGCAACAGCCUUCGGUAUCGGCGGUGUUGCAGCAAGUAUUUGCAAGUCGAUUCUGUUUGAUCAGAAGAACAUCAGGCCGAUCAGCCAUUAUCGGGAGGAUCUGCAGUGUUGCUUGAGCUUCCCAGUUGUGCUUGGCAGGAAAGGUGUCGUGAGAACGGUGCCGAUGCCGCUUAGCGAGGAGGAAGACAAGGCGUUGAAGAAGUCGGGGGAGAGUUUGAGGGAGAUCAUUGUGGAUGCGGAGAAGAGUUCUGCGUAA